CAUCCCGUCUUCGAAAUUCAAAUUAUGUUGAACAACGCUACUAAGGGUUCACCGAAUGUAAGAACCCUAUGUAAACAUCCGAGAAGAUCUAUUUUUGGGAAAAUUAAUUUUGUGGGGGGUAUGUCCCCAGAGAACGUAUUAACUCCAUCGUACGAUAUGAAUGGCUACAGUCGCAAAUCACCUUCGAAGCGUCGCUAUGAGGGAUCUAAAUAUUCAGGAACCCCCAAGAAGAAACCGCGAACCAGCAAGGAACGUGUACCCCAACCCAAAAAUACAGUGGCCAUGCUGAAUGAGCUACGGCAUGGUUUGGUAUAUAAGUUGGAGUCACAAACUGGUCCGGUGCAUGCGCCAUUGUUUACAAUUUCAGUAGAG